AUGUUAAGAGAGUGCUCCCUGGCGGGGUUUGGUCUGCCGACGGUGGGCGUGUCCUCGCCCAACCACGCCCACCUCGACUACAACGACAACGUCACGCCCAUGACCCCCCACAUAGGCGAGGGCGCCCACUACGGGAGCCACGGUGGCUUGAUGGGCGGCGCCUUCCACCAGGGUCAGAUGGAGUGUUCCCUGCGCGCCAUCCACCCCGGGGGAGACGGGGCCCUUAUAUACGGGGCUCCCACGCCCCUCCUGCAGCACCUGCAGCAGCAGCAGCAGCAUCACCCCCGGGGUAUGGAGCCCUACCCCGGGGGAGUGUGCGGGCCCCGCUGGGAGCCCGGGGGCGGCGUGCCCCGCGGGGCGGCGGGGGACAAGGCCCGCAGGGAACAACGCAUCAGGAGACCCAUGAAUGCCUUCAUGGUGUGGGCCAAGGUCGAGCGGAAGAAGUUGGCGGAUGAGAAUCCUGACUUACACAACGCCGACCUCUCCAAGAUGUUGG